GUGUCAUCUCCUGGAGAUGACACCACUUGUCCCCUCUUUCAACUCCAUCUUCUUCGACCAUGAAUUUAAACCUCCCUCAGCUCUCCCCCACUCCUCCCCAAAAUCAUAUCUAUCGCAGAAACUAACACAUACGGUACAAAAAUCUGAUCAAUCUUCAUUAUAUUUCGCCUCCGAUCCUUCAUAUAUAGAAGCCAUGUCGUCUAUGACCAAAAACGCCAUAAUUUCUUUCCUCUCUAAGACUGCUUCUCCAUCCCCUUCUUUCUCUCCCAGACCCAAAUUCUCCAGAGUUUGCUUCUCCUCAGCCUCCUCCCCCCAGCAGGGUUUUCAUGCAUCGGAGGAUUACAAGAGGAGAGACUACGAGAAAGGGUAUGGGGGAGACAGGACCGUGGGGGACGCGGCGGCGGAGGUGGCGGAGAAGACGAGAGAGAGCGCGAGAGAAGCCGCGGACAGGACCAAGGAGAGAACCCACGAGAUGAAGGAGGACGCCAAGGGCGGCGCGGAGGCGGCCAAGGACAGGGCGAAGGAGUACGCUCACGACGCCAAGGAGGGGGCGAGCAAGGCGGCGGAGAAGGCGAGAGAGUACGCGAACAGGACGAAAGACACGACUAAAGAGACGGCGGGAGCGGCGGCGGAGAGGACCAAGGAGGGGGCGAACAAGGCGGCGGAGAGCAUAGGGGAGAAGGCGAAGCAGACGGUGCAGGGGGCGUGGGGGGCGGCGAAGGAGACGGGUCAGAAGAUUAAGGAAACUGUGGUGGGGAAAUCGGAGGAUGUGGAGGACUACGUUGAAGAUCACACCAAGCCGAGGAAGGUGUCGCCGCCGGAGGAUGUUGGGAAGACGAUGGACGAGGAUGUGGUGGAGCUCAGGCGGCGUGCCGGUGAAAAUAAAUUCUGAAACGGGAAAAAGUAGUGGUUCUAUAUAGGCAUAUAUAUAUGUCGUUAAUUAUUAUUAUUAUGUUAUAUGUUGUUUUCUAAGUAGUAAAUCACUCCCAUAAACAUAUUAUAUGCUUGUUUUUCUAAUGAUGUUUCAUUUUUAUCAUGUUUACCAUC